UCCCCGGAUAUGGUAUUGCGGGUGUGCGUUUCUUUGUGCGCCAGACUGAGGCGGAAUGAUAUUAAUAACACUCCGCUGCUUGGACUCGCUCAGUUACGUUCAUUCGCUGUGAUGAGUAGCGGUCCGUACUGAGUGUCAGUUUACUCUACACACGCUUUAUUUGUUUAUUUCCGCUCUUCUGUUUAAUAUUCAGUAGCGUAUUUGUUUUAUGUUAAAACUCCUAUCGUAUUGGCGCUAACGCUAAGCUAGCUGGCUAACUUUAAACUGUUUUUAAUAUCAACAUUCGUGGUUCAGUGUAGCUGGCUAGCUAACUUUUUAUGCUACAUGUUUAGUUUUCUGACUUUUUUUAGGGCGGGGAGGAGGGAAAUGGUGGUUAGCAUUUCGAAUAAGAGCAGAAUCAUGCUCAUUUAGUUUGCUCGCUAAAUAGUUUCCUGAGCAACGAAGCCAGGCGCAAACAAACACAAAGGGGUCACAGUAUUGCCAAAUCGUUUCAGGGGAAAGUAGCGAAUGCAUGCUCAAGAAGCCGUCAGAUGACGUCACAGUUAUUUACGUAUUCCUCGAAUCCUUAUAACUGUUAAGGGUAUACCACAGCGAUUUGCCAACAUUUACAAUUAUUUAUUUAUUUAUUAAUCAACGUGAUUUGAAACAGUUUCUAGUUAUAUUUAAAGUUGAUUUUAAAUGUUUUUUUGUUUGUUUGUUUUACAUCCACAAGAAAAGGUAGUUCCUGUUAUCACUUGUGCGAGUGAGCAGUUACAGGUGCAUCUCCAGAAAUUUUUGAUAUUGUGGAAAAGUUAAUUUUUACCCAUAAUUUUAUUUUAAAAGUGGAACUUUCAUCUGUUUUAGAUUCGUUACAUGUGAAGUGAAAUGUUUAAAGCUUUUUUUUUCUUUUAAUCUUUUGUUUUAAAUUAGAAUAAAGAAUUUAUGAUACAGAAAUGUCGACCUGAGAAGAGUUCUAAUCAGCGAAUUAACUCAAAACACCUGCAAAGGUUUCCUGAGGCUUUAAUCUCUCAGUCUGGUUCAGUACACAACCACGAUCAUGGGGAGGAUGAAAGUAAAUUGUGCAUUUCAUUUGGAAAUCAAGGUUCCAGAGUCUGGAGGAAGAGUGGAGAAGAACAGAAUCCAAGUUGCUUGAAGUCCAGUGUGAAGUUUCUACAGUCAGUGAUGAUUUGAGGUGCCAUGUCAUCUGCUGGUGUUGGUCCAGUGUGUUUUCUCAGGUCGAGAGUCAAUGCCAGGAGAUUUUUAGAGCACUUCAUGCGUCCAUGUGCUGACUAGCUUUUUGGAGAUGCUGAUUUCCUUUUCCAGCAGGACUUGGCACCUGCUCACAGUGCCAAAACGUCUAGUAACUGGUUUGCCGACCAUGGUGUUACUGUGUUUGAUUGUCCAGCCGACUCGCCUGACCCGAAUCCCAUAGAGAAUCUAUGAGAGACGCCAGACCCAAUAAUACUGACGAGCUGAAGGCCGCUAUCAAAGCAACCUGGGCUUCCAGAACAAACACCUCAGCAGUGCCACAUGCUGAUCGCCUCCAUGCCACGCCAUAUUGAUGCAGAAAUUCAUGCAAAAGGAACCACGACCAAGUAUUGAGUGCAUAAAUGAACAUACUUUUCAGAAGGUCGAAAUUUCUGUAUUCUAAAUUAUUCUAAUAAUUUGAGAUACUGGAUUUUUUUAUUUCCAUGCGCUCUAAGAUGUAAUCAUCAAGAUUUUUUUUAAAAAAGCGCCAUGAAAUAUUUCACUUCAUGUAAUGAAUCUAGAAUACAUUCUAUUCUGGAGGGGGGAGGAAAUGAACUUUUCCCCAAUAUUCAGAUUUUUUGAAAUGCACCUAUAUAAACAGACUCACCAGCCUCUACAUUUUUUUUCUCUAUUUUUCCUCUUCAAGUUUAUAAAACAAGCAAAAAUGAGCUUGUUAUGUUACCAAGAAAGUUUCCCAUGGUGGAAAACCCGACUGUUACAGUGAGCUUACACCCAAACUCCUUCCAUUAUACAUGUUAAAGAAACCUCUCCUUACAGAAACUUUCACCAUAUAGAUUCUGCAUUUUUCUCUGUUAAAUAACAUGUUUGAAUAUGUUUAUUAUAACUAUUCGAUUAUGUAGCGCAUCCACCAUAAAACUCCCUGUGAACGAAGAUGUUACUAUAGAAACAGUAAUAUAUUAGAACAAGUGCAUUAAUAUACUGUAAACUUGUAAUUUGAGUUAUAGCCAGGACUGUUUUCAGACCUCUGUUCUUAAAGUCAUCUGUCCAAUCAGAUGUGAGAAUUCACCAGUGCUGUGGUAUACUAGAUUUUAACAUUUUUUCUCAUAGAAGACAUUUUUUGAUCAUGGCACCACAAGCUAACUAUUUAUGUAUUUAUAAAAUAAUAAUUUCUAUUGAGAAUGCAGAAAAAAUGUGAACAACCGUGAUGACUUGAUUCUUAAUACUGUGUGUCGUUACCUGUGUGAUCAACGACUGUUUUUAUGUUUGUGAUCGUUAUUCAUGAGUCCCUUGUUUGUCCUGAGCAGAAGAAGAAGGCGGCAACACGGUACAUUAACAGCCAGGGGGGUGUAAACUUUUGAACAGGAUGCUCGGAUUGUAAAUUGUUAUUUUCUUUUAAUACUGCAUGUCAGAAGCUGCAUAAGAUAUUUACAUGUUUCCCAGAAGACAAAAUAAUAAUUUACACCGGUCAUCCUGUUCAAAAGUUUACACCCCCUGUCUCUUAAUGUAUCAUGUUGCCUUCUUGAGCAUCACAGAACGUUUGCACCUUUUGUAAUAAUCAUGUACGAGUCCCUCAGUCAUCCCCAGUGUGUACAGACGGAUCUCAAGAUCUUAUAGCUGCUGUUGGAAAGGGCUCAAAUAUUCAGAAGAUGCUGGAAAAGUAAAGAAUGUGCAGGACCUGGAGGAUUUUUCUGAAGAACACUGGGCAGUUUAACUGCUCGGGACAAACAAGGGACUCAUGAACAUCUCUCACAAAACAUUAAAACAGUCGUUGAUCAUCCAGGUAACGACACGGUAUUAAGAAUCAAGCGUGUGUAAACUUUUGAACCGGUUCAUUUGUGUAAAUCCAGUUAUUAUUGUGAGUGUGGACUAUAUGUUAACAUCUGUUAUGUGAAAUGGCUUAUUCAGGCCCGGACUAAAUAAAAAAACAAAUGCAAUUCUUAUGAACCCACUUAUGUAUUUUUUUUAAUUAUUAACAUUUUGCAGAUUCUGCAAGGCGCAUGUAAACUUAUGACCUCAACUGUAUUUAUUGAUUUCCUCUUUGAACAUAUGAAAUUGUUAGCAAGGAGGACACGGGAGACCCAGGUACACUCUUUAGCCCACUGCCAGUUUAGAAAGCAGAAUUUAAAAUCAGGACACAAAGAUUAAACACUACCUGGUUCAGCGUCUCAUGCUCCGAAUCCAUGCCAGUAAAACGCAUUCAGAAGGGAAACACACACUGGAAAGAAAGGACAGAAGUACUCGUCCCCGCCUGCUACAGAGUGAUGCACCGCAAACUGUCGCGUUAUGACAGAUGAUGGAGGAGAGGAACCGAGGGUGGAGAGCGCAAGCAGUGCUGAACAUCGUUGCAGUAUCUGCCCUCUUACCUACAGCACCGAGAACCAGCUUCUCAAACACCUCAGAGAGCAUGAAGCCAACGACAAGCCUCACCGCUGCGAUAAGUGUCCCCAGUCAUACAACGUGGAGUUUAACCUCAUGCUGCACAAGUCGACUCACAGCACGGCCGAGCCCACCUGCCCCGUGUGUGAGAAAAAGUUCACCCGAGUCGCCAGUCUCAAAUCUCACAUCAUGGUGCAUGAGAAAGAGGAGAAUCUGCUGUGCUCGGAGUGCGGUGAUGAGUUCGUGCUGGAGAAUCAGCUCGCCCUGCACCUGGAGGAACACCGGCGAGAACUCUCCGGAACCCGGGUUUUUACCUGCAAGACCUGCAGCACUGAGUUCCCCUCGGCCAGUCAGCUGAAGGAGCACAACCGCACCCACGCGAAGAUCAGGCCAGUUGUGAGCAGCUCACGGAACUACAAAAAGAACAUUGAUCGCAGCGGUUUCACCAACACCUGCCAUCACUGUGGCAAGACGUUUAAAAAACCCAGCCAGCUUGUCCGACACAUCCGCAUUCACACAGGAGAGCGGCCGUUCAAGUGCACACACUGCGGUAAGGCUUUUAACCAGAAGGUGGUGCUGCAGACUCACAUGGUUCGCCACACCGGAGAGAAGCCACACCUCUGCAUGCUAUGCCCCGCCUCGUUCUCUCAAAAAGGAAAUCUGCACUCACACGUACAGAGAGUGCACUCUGAGACUGCAGGCACCCCCGUGUACCCCUGUAUGGACUGUAGCUGUGUUUAUAAGAAGCUGGGCAGUCUGAAUGCUCACAUUAGUAAAAUGCACAUCUCCAUCAUGGAGGUGGAGGAGUCGCCCAACACACAGGAGGGGGCAGAACCUGGGCAGACAGGAGGUGGGACAGAAGGAACAGAGGGCGUGACCGAUGUGAUCCAGCAACUGCUGGAACUUUCAGAACAGGUAACGAGCGACAGCGCUCAGGCUCCACCCCCUGGACCGAAUAUCACUAUGGAGACAGCUAUCAAUCAAGAUAUCUUGCAGCAAGCCCUGCAGAACAGUGGUCUAAGUUCAAUCCCAGUUCAGUCGGAGGCUCAGGGCAACACUGCAGUUCCUCCACUCGCCACAGAGGGCGCCAACUCCCACCCUGCUCACAUCCACAAGCCCACAGGCACCUCAGCGCACAAACUGCUGAAAAAGGAGAAGAGGAGCAUCUUUAAAAAAACUGUACAGAUUCCUGGCACUAUCAGGGAGGAGUGUGGAGUGCGCUGGCACGGUUGCCCAUACUGCUGUAAGGAGUUUAAGAAGCCGAGCGAUCUGGUGCGUCACAUCCGCAUACACACGCACGAGAAGCCGUACAAGUGCGCGCAGUGUUUCAGAGCGUUCGCUGUGAAGAGCACGCUCACCGCACACACCAAAACACACUCCGGCAUCAAGGCCUUCCAGUGUACACACUGCAGGAAGAGCUUCUCCACCUCUGGCAGCAUGAAGGUGCAUAUGAGGCUGCACACCGGUGUGCGGCCGUUCCCAUGUCCGCACUGUGACAAGAUCUUCCGGACUUCGGGUCACAGGAAGACGCACAUCGCCUCGCACUUCAAAAAUCUGCAGCAGAAAAAGCACAAAUUCCCACGCAAACCAAACCGAGCGCAUGUCUCCAAACACAACCUGCCGCUUCCAGAUAUACAGCUGCAGGAGCCCAUCCUCAUCUCUGACCUGGGUCUGCUGCAGAAUCAGAACUCACGUGCCGCACUUCAGCAGUAUCUGGACAUCGUGGAGAACGAGCGGCCGUACAAGUGCACUUUCUGCAACAAAGCGUACAAGAAGUCGAGCCACCUCAAACAGCACGUCAGGUCGCACACAGGUGAGCGGCCGUAUAAGUGUGUGCAGUGCAGUAAGGGUUUCGCGUCGUCAGGCGUGUUGAAGGCUCACAUCCGCACACACUCGGGCUUGAAGGCGUAUAAGUGCCUGCUCUGUGACACCACCUUCACCACCAAUGGCAGCCUGAGACGCCACAUGACGACGCACAGCGACCUCCGACCCUACAUGUGCCCUUACUGCCAGAAAACCUUCAAAUCUUCCCCCAAUUGCAGAAAGCACAUGAAGACGCACAGGUAUGAAUUGGCUCAGCAACUUCGACAGCAGCAGGGCUCAUCUGAAGCCCCGCCUCUGGAAGAUCCAAUGGGUGGGGCCAAUACUGUGGAAGUCCCAAUGGGUGGAACCAGUGCAUUAGAGGACCCAAUGGGUGGGGCUAACACAGUAACUCAUGACCUGCAGGUAGGAGCAACAGGAUUGGGCACAUCCAGUUCCAUUAUGGGGGCGGGGCCUCAGGCCAUGCUGCAAGUGGUGAGCGGAAACCAGACAGUGGCGCUAGAAGCACCUAUGGUACAGGACGCAGAGUCAUUUGUGAACGCGCAGCACAUCAGCCAGUAUGGGACACAGACCCUCCAACAACCUUCAUAUGACCAACCUGCACUGACACAAGGUUUCUCCAUCUCCGAAGGGUAUGCCCAGCAUCCCACUCUUUCCUCGGUGCAACAGCUGCAGGAUUCGAGCACGCUGGAGUCACAGGCACUGAACUCCACCUACACGCAGAGCUUACUGAAUGUGCACACCACAGAGACGACGGUUUUGCUACAGGAUUCAAAUCGGACGGAUUAUCAGGAUGACGAGGAUGAGGAGGAGAACAGCAAGAGGGCUUACAGGUGCAAUGUUUGUGAUAAAGGCUUUAAGAAGUCGAGUCACCUGAAGCAGCACAUUCGCUCACACACUGGCGAGAAGCCAUAUGGCUGCAACCUGUGUGGGCGGAACUUCGUCUCCACCGGCGUUCUCAAAUCACACCUGAACACGCACACAGGCGUGAAGGCGUUUAAAUGUAACGUGUGUGACGCCUCCUUCACCACUAACGGCAGCUUGAAUCGUCACAUGAUCAUCCACCUUAACACGAAGCCGUUUCGAUGUACCCUUUGUGAACAGAGUUUCCGCACGCACCUGCUACGCCGCAAACACAUGAAGCUCUUUCAUGCUGUCGGGCCCAGAGUUCUGGAUGGAGAUGAAGGGAUAGUGGAAGUUGAUGAUGGGGACCCCUCGCUGGCGAAGAGGAUCAGGUCGGGCAUCAUCACGUUUUCAGAGGAGCAGACAGCCGAGCUGGCUCAGAGUGACCCGGGUAAUGACGCCUCGGUUUCUGAGAAGGUCCUGAUCCAGUCUGCUGCAGAGAGAGAUCGCAUCAGUGAGAUCAAGGAUAAGAGCACGCUGGAGCUUGAGCCCAAGUUCCCCAACUGCUGCCAGUAUUGCCCAAAAAGCUUCAAAAAGCCCAGCGACCUUGUUAGACAUGUCAGGAUUCACACCGGAGAGAAGCCGUAUAAGUGUGAUGACUGUGGGAAGAGUUUCACAGUGAAAUCCACACUGGACUGCCACAUCAAGACACACUCAGGUCAGAAGCUGUUUACGUGCCACAUGUGCAGCACGGCGUUUUCCACUAAAGGUAGUCUGAAGGUGCACAUGCGCCUGCACACCGGCUCCAAACCCUUCAAAUGUCCGUACUGCGAUCAGCGUUUCCGCACGUCCGGACAUCGCAAAACACACAUGCUGUGCCACCUGAGGCACGGCCCUGAGAGCAGGAAGUCCAGGCACACCGCUCAAGGCAAUGUCAUUGCCCAGAAUACACCGGGGCAGCAGGCUCCGCCCACCGCUGCCGAAUCACUGCCUCCUGUGGGCCUCCUGCAUAGUACGGGUGCUGACCCGAACAUCUACAUCCACAGCAGCCCAGUCCUGACAGGACAGUACGACCCAAACUUGCUGCAGCAAGGCAUCGUGGGACAGACUAUCCUUCCAGCUACCAUGUCAGCGAAUGGUGACCUGACAGUGUCUCUAACAGAAGGUUUGGCCACAUUAGAGGGGAUUCAGCUGCAGCUCGCACCAACAGGUCUGCUUUGUCCCAACGUCCAGAUAUCCGGCAUCGACCCAUCCAACAUCAACAACAUCACACUGCAGAUUGACCCUAGUAUCCUGCAGCAGACUCUACAGACCGGUGUGUUAAGUAUCGACUCCACCCUGUCGUCCCACACCAACGCACACCUGCUGGCCAGUGAUGCUACAGGACACACUAACGUUGUGAUCCAGAACCCCAGCGUUGCCAUCGGCAACCUCACAGAGCAGGAACACACAGGCUCAGAGCAGUUGGCUCAGGUGGUCGGAGCACCGGCACUGGUGGGGAACGGCAGUUCAGGAGCACCGGAGAUCACACUCACUAUCAGCAACUCACAUGCGCACACGCUCCCCCACACACAGACUGACACACACACUCAUAAUGCUAAUACCAACACACUGGCCAAUAGUAACCAGGAGAUCACACUUACUAUAUCAGGUCAGGAUCUGUUGCCUCCACCAUGUGCAGGUGCAGGAGUAGAAAUGGGUGGGGCCUUGCCAUUGACCACACCUCCCUCAAGCAGCAGCUCUCUGGCUCUCAGUUCCGAGCAGCUCCUCACACAAAGCUCUGCCCCCUCCAGCAUGGCAGUUACCACUCUGGCUCCCAGCACCUCUCUCUCCCAGAACAUGUCGAUGUCAUCAGGGAGUGUGACCACUGACAGCAACGUCACACUUGCGCUGGCGGAUACACAGAUGCUGGACACAGUCACACUGAACCUCAACACACAGGGUCAGCAGUUCCCAGCUGUGGUGUGUGAGGAGGGAUCAUCAGUGCAGCCUGCAAACAGGAUUCAACAGGUUACACCUCAGUCAGAGGAAACCAAGGUGGCGAAUCAGUGUUUCUACUGCAACAUGGCGUUCCGCUCAGCGGCCGUGCUGCGCCGCCACUGGAGGAUAGCACACGGCAAAGAGCGCUGCUACAUCUGCAGUGUGUGUAACAAGGCCUUCAAACGGCAAACACACCUCAAGGAGCAUGAGUUUGUCCACACAAACGGUCCAUCUCUGAGCUCUCAAAAGCCACGUGUGUUUAAGUGUUUUAGCUGUGAUAAAGCAUUCGCCAAGCCAAGCCAGCUGGAGAGACACAUCCGCACACACACAGGUGAGCGGCCCUAUAAGUGUGAGCAGUGUGAUAAAGCGUUUAAUCAGAAGAGUGCGCUGCACAUACACACCGUCAAACACACCGGAGAGAAGCCUUACAAGUGUGAGGUGUGCAGCAUCAGCUUCACACAGAAAAGCAACAUGAAGCUUCACAUGAAAAGAUCACAUGGCUUUGGUAAGCAUACGGAGGAGGGAACGGCGGUGGACCGAGAGCAGGAGUGCGUUUCUGAGGCAGCACAGCCUCCACCUCCCAGAACCGAAACGCCCGCAGGACUGCAACUGCACACAACAGAACCGGAGACACCGUCUGACUGGCAGUGUCCCAUCUCUACCGUCUUCCCCUAAACCCCGACCACACACCAUUCUCCGCUACACCUUACACACCCAUCUGCCACUCAAGUCUACUCGAUCUGAACUCCACAGCCCUACCCUCUACCCCACAGAGUCAUUCACUAAACCCCUAAACACCCAUCCCAUACUUCCUAUGCAUCUUCGAUUCUAUAUCCAUAUCUCCUACUCCAGUGGUUCCCAAACUUUUCCAGGGCAAGGCCCCCCAAAUGGCAUUAACAUUUGACCGAGGUCCCCCUUUUGCAAGAUGUUAAAAACACAUUAAAAAUACAGACUUCUGAAUAUAUCCCCCUUUUUUUUUUAAUUAAUAAUUACAUCUUACAUCUUUACAUUACAUUAAAUUAGGAAUUGAUUAUGUGUGUGUGGUUGUGUGAGAGUGAGAAAGAGAAAACAUAGUAGUGGGUGGGAUCGGCACACCAAAUUGUUGAGGCCCUCCGGGCGCCCCCUGGCGGCCCCCACUUUGAAAAGCACUGUCCUACUCUAUCAUACAUCUCCUCUGCACUCUCUUUCCCUAAAUGUCCCUAACACGCACACACCCACACACACUCUCAUUCUCACCAGUGAUUAAGCCAUUCGCACACAUCUUUCAAGUUACAUGCACUUUGAAACUCCCUCUAGGUCGGAUGUGCAUGCUUUUUAUCAGAGUUCAAAGUGAUCAAUGUUUCAUUAUAAAAACAAUAAAGCCUAGAAAAUUCGACAAUGUAAUAAUAUGCUGCAAAAGGUCAGUGAGGUUUUUGUUUGUUUGUUUGUUUGUUUGUUUUUUUAAAAUCUUCUCCACCUAACUGUAUAAGUGGCACUGUUUUAUCGAUGAUAAUUUCUUUAAAAUGGAUAUGGAAAAGAAUGACCUUGUUUUAUUUAAAAAACAUUCUUUUAUAUAAUUUAAUUAUAUUUGUAUAAAGCAUUUUUUUAAUCAAAGUAUUGUCGCAUGUAAAUAAUUUAUAGGCAAGACAUGCUCAUAUCAGUGACGAAGCCUCAUUUGCCAGUGUACAAACCUUAAGCUAUAUACUUUGUCAGAUUUGCAUUUUGUAAUGUUCAGAGGUAUUUAAAAAUAAAUGUUUCUUUUUUAAAAAAACAAAAAACACUAAGUUUUUUUAAGGGUGAAAUGGUAGAAUGAGCACAUCCAUCCAUCCA